AUGAUCGGAAGUUCGCCACCACCAAAGAAGUUUCAGUUAAAGCUGAGAGAGAUGAUGCUACAAAUUCGUUUCGCUCGCAAACGAUUACGAAAGGCAAAGUCGGAACUGAUUUCCAUAUGGCUCUACAAGUACAAGAAAUGUAUUUCGAAACUAAAAAAGCGCCUCUGUCACUCAAGUCAGGGAGAACAGGAACGGCGGAUGACUCAGGCCAAGCUUCAGCCCCUUCCUGAUCGCCCGAUUCGCCGAGUGGCAUCGAAACUGAGCAGGAAACCAACAAACGAAAUCGAACGCCUGAGACGAAAAGGGGACCGGUGGACUGCAAAUGAUCUGUUUCGUUUCCAAUAUAGCGACCCAGAGGAUGGUACUUCGGAGGAGCGAAGAGAGCUCUGCUAUGAAUGGCUGGAUCGACUUCACGCUCUUCAAAAGAAGUACUGCUAUCUAGCAUGGUAUGAGGCAGCAAUUUAUGCCUGCUAUUAUCGACUAGGCCCAAUUAUAAUGGAUCCGGAAGAGAAACGACGGAUUUGGACGGAUAUGAAGAGGGAGUAUGCGGAAAUAUUCCUGAUGGGCCGUAGAAUCUGGCGACGUGCAAGCCAUCCUAGCCGAUUGCGAGUCUUCUAUAAUCUGGCCACGUUGUGUGUUCGAUUCGGCGACAUGGAGGGCGAUUCAACCAGUGAGCUCUUUCGCGAGGCUCUCGCUGAUGGCGAUAAUUUCGACUACCAUUUACUGGACGAGACACAGUUCGCCAAGUCGGUUGACAAGAUUACUUCGCUCGAGAACCACGUGAUCGAUCAAUUCUACAUACGCAGACGAUCAUCCGGCUCAUUUCGAUCGAGCUUCCGUUCGAAGCGGUCUAUCGAACGCACUCCGUCAGGGAAAUCAACAAAAUCUCAAGCGAUGAAGAGGGGUCGGAUGUCGAGGUUUGAACUGGCGGGUCUCCUGGACCUCAUUAUUCGUAACGGGUAA